AUGUUACAAGAUUUGCUGAGAACCGUCCUCAUGUCUGUAGCGAGGGUUAUUGCUCGCCUUCUACUAUCACCGUUAAUAUUCUUGGAUUUCGUCACCAAUCUGCCCAUGAACCUGUUACACAAAAUCCUAUGUCUUCUCACUCUUCACGGAAAGGACUGGCUCGAACUUAUAACAGCAGUUAUCGCCAUCGCUAGUAUCCGUGUACUCUACUCGUACCAGGCCGAGAUCUAUAGGCUCAAGGAAAUCAACGCCAAGCUCGCAAUCAACCAUGAGUUCAACAUCGCGCGCAAAACAAUUACAUUCAAUCGCCCACCCUUGGAUACGUAUGGUGAAGGUGUCGUCGUACAGGGUAUUCACAUCAUUGGAAAGAAAUUUGACAUGGUCAUCAACGGAAUGGAGGUCGCCGGUGGGCAUUGUGAUGGACGUUAUCGGGCUCGCGUGCGUGGAGCUGAAGGAUGGUCCAAAUUUGGUAGUAAGCUUGUUAUCAAUAUGAACGAUAUCACCGAGGAGGUGGUGAAGUCAGGUGGGAACGUGGAUUUACAGUGGACCUUACCACCAAGAGAGCUGUAG